ACGUCGACGUGACAUGCAACGUAGACMUAUACGUAUACGUAACUUCCCCGGAUGUCGGUCUUUUUUUCAUAGCAAAGAUGGCAGAGGGAGACAAGAAGAAGGUGGCCAAGAAGGCUCAUUGCAGUCGGAACCCUGUCCUGGCCAGGGGCAUUGGUCGCUACUCCCGCACCGCCAUGUACGCUCGCAGGGCCAUGUACAAGAGGAAGACCAAGACCACUGAAACCAAGAUUGAGAAGAAGAUGAAGGUCAAGACUCCAUCCACAAUCACCAAGACUGUUGGRGGAGACAAGAAUGGAGGCACUCGUAUUGUCAAGAUGCGCAAGAUGCCCCGUUACUACCCCACAGAGGAUGUGCCUCGUAAGCUGAAGAACCAUGGUAAGAAGGCUUUCAGCCAGCACAAGAGGAACCUGCGUGCCACCAUCACCCCAGGAACCGUGCUUGUACUACUCACUGGGCGCCACCGUGGAAAGCGUGUUGUGUUCCUGAAGCAGCUCUCCAGUGGUCUCCUGCUUGUAACUGGUCCCCUGGCCCUGAACCGUGUUCCCCUGCGCCGGGCACACCAGAAGUUUGUCAUUGCCACAGCAACCAAGGUCGACAUCUCUGGCAUGAAGAUCCCCAAGACUCUGUCAGAUGCCUACUUCAAGAAGAAGAGGCUGAGGAGACCCCGCCACCAGGAAGGAGAGAUCUUUGACACAGAGAAAGAGAAGUACCAGUUGACAGUGCAGAGGAAGGAGGACCAGAAGGCUGUGGACUCUCAGCUUCUACCCCUCAUUAAGAAGGUUCCCCAGCUGAAGGGCUACUUGCGAUCCUCUUUCUGCCUCUCCAAUGGGGUCUACCCUCACAAACUGGUUUUCUAAAUGUAUUGUAAUAAAGAGUACCACCACA